GCACAGGAUGGCAUGUGACCCAGGCCUCUGGGAUGUGGGCAGGGCUGAGCUGAACUGGGUGGCUCACAGCAGUUUUAAGCAAGCAAGCUGAGUCCGGAUUAGUAGCAGAUGCCCUGUCACAGCCCGAGUCACUAGGUUAGGGGGAUUGAAGUUGAUCCAAGGCCGCAGGGAAACCUGAAGGGCUGGAGGGGGGCUGGAGAGAUGGGAAUUCUUCCGCUUCAGAGUGUGGAGAUUAGAUGGGAAGGGGACAGGUGGAAAGGUCUUGCAGGAAUGCAGAACAGAGGUGACGAGGGCCUGAAUUAGCGUGGGACCUGUGGGACCAGGGAGAAACGGGAGAGUUCACAGGAUGGGGGUGAGAGGAAUCAGGAAUGACAGCAGAUCUGUAACGUCACCAGCUGGGUGGCUGGUGGAACGCCUUGAGACUGGGGACCCAGGAGGUAGAGCAAGCAGGUGAGGAAAGAUAAGGAAUUCAGCUGUGAGUGUGUGGGGGUGGGGGGGGUGUCUUGGGACAUGCCCUGCCAGGACGAGGGAGAUCCAGGCUGGAGGUGACCAUUUGGAGUCAACAGCCUCCUUGAAACAAAGGGAGUGGGUGGGACCCAUUGGGAGGGAAGUGGGGGAAACCCCCACAUCUAGGGGACAGACAGCAGAGGGGGAGGCUGCACAGGUUAAAAAAAAAAGGUGCAGGCACCGGAGCAAGGAGAGUUGUUUCUAGAUGGGAGGAAGGCACGGCGGAAAUCUGUCCUGGAGUUAGUUUCACAGUGGCAGUGGGCUGUUGAGGGCCGGGAAGGAAGUGGUGAUGACUGCUCUCUUGAGAAGUGUGGCAUGAAGUAGGGGAGGGGCAGUGGUAGGGGAGGUCGGAAGGGGUCAGGCUGAAUGGGAGGGGAGGCGGGGGUGGGAGGCGCCGGGGUCAGCACAGGCUAGGAGGCAAGGUGGAACUGGCUGGCAGCUGGGUGAGAAAGGUUCAGGAAGUGGGAGGUGCAAAUCUAAGAUCUAAAGGGCAGUGACAAGGACUAGCCACAGGAGUCAGUGGCCAAGGGGACAGAACUCUCAGGAGGCUGGCUACAUCGUCCCGAGCAGGUCUCGGGGACCCUCUGGGAUGCCUGAGAGUGUCUCUCUCCUGCCCCCAGCCUGGCUCCCACCAUGAGCGCCGAGCUCAACGUGCCUGUGGACCCCUCCACUCCCGCCUGCUCUGAACCCGGCCACAAGGGCAUGGAUUACCGAGACUGGGUCCGCCGCAGCUACCUGGAGCUGGUCACGUCCAACCACCACUCCGUGCAGGCCCUGUCCUGGAGAAAGCUGUACCUGAGCAGAGCCAAGCUGAAGGCCUCCAGCCGGACCUCUGCCCUCCUCUCGGGCUUUGCCAUGGUGGCCAUGGUGGAGGUGCAGCUGGAGACGCAGUACCAGUACCCGCGGCCGCUGCUCAUCGCCUUCAGCGCCUGCACCACGGUGCUCGUGGCCGUGCACCUGUUCGCCCUGCUCAUCAGCACGUGCAUCCUGCCCAACGUGGAGGCCGUGAGCAACAUCCACAACCUGAACUCCAUCAGCGAGUCCCCGCACGAGCGCAUGCACCCCUACAUCGAGCUGGCCUGGGGCUUCUCCACCGUGCUGGGCAUCCUGCUCUUCCUGGCCGAGGUCGUGCUGCUCUGCUGGAUCAAGUUCCUGCCCGUGGACGCGCGCCGCCAGCCCGGCCCCCCGCCCGGCCCCGGCGGCCACACGGGCUGGCAGGCCGCCCUCGUGUCCACCAUCAUCAUGGUGCCCGUGGGCCUCAUCUUUGUCGUCUUCACCCUCCACUUCUACCGCUCCCUGGUGCGCCACAAAACCGAGCGGCACAACCGCGAGAUCGAAGAGCUGCACAAGCUCAAGGUGCAGCUGGACGGGCACGAGCGCAGCCUGCAGGCGGUGUGAGCCGCGCCCCUGCCCCACCUCCGGCCCAGGCCCGGGCCCGACACUGCCCACUGCCGCGCCGUUCCAGACCAAAGUCUUACCCCCGUCCUCGCGCCGGGAAGCCUGGCCGGCUGGGCCUCCCACAGAAAAUGGCGACCUGGAGAAGAAAGAGAGACUCUGUUGCUAACAGCUGAGAGGAAAACGGCCCGAGGCCUGGGGCCUGGGGAUGCCCUGCGGCAGGAGACGAGCGUCAUGGGCAGGCUCGACGCUCGGGGGAGGGCUGAGGGUUUCAGAGAAGGGACCGCGCCGUGCCACCUGGGGUGUGGGUCUCACGGGCCACCCUGCUGUGAGGAGAUGGGGCGCAGGCCCACAGCUUGGCCUGGUGCUUCCCUCCCCCAUCCUGGGGGGAUUCGGUGGCCGGGCUGACAGGGGAGGGCAGGAGCUGGGGUCCCAGGUCCGCUCAGUGGGUGCGGUGGGCGCUCAGCCGGGCAUCGGACUGGUCUCGCCCCCCGGAAGACUUCCAAGGACGGAGGCCUGGCUGGGCCAGGAGGUGCGUCUUUGGGCAUCCCAUGAGAGAUGCCCACCUACAGAGACCUUUAACUGGGUGCUCUGGGGCACACUGGGCUCAAGUUCUCUCUGCCUAGCCAGCCUGAAGCCCUGGGCGUAUUGACCCAGCAGAGUCGCCAGGUUGGGGAAAGGGCUCACAGUCCAGAGGCCUCCAACUACAAACUGGCUUCUGAGCCCUCGUCAGCGGCCCCUCCAGGCUACAGCUGCCAAAGGCCCUUGCCAGAGAGCGGAAAAUGCUUCCUAUCUCCCCCAGGAGGAGGGAGGAUGUGGCCUGGGGGCUUCCUCUCUAGACAAGGCCCGUUGGCUGACCUGGCCAAACGCCAGGCCUCUCGGCCACACGUAGGGCCCGGCUCACCCAUUUCCACGGCCGCGCGUGUAGGGGCGAGCAUACGGCACCCUGAGCUGCUUUCCAAACCCGCGCUUACCGCAUCGGCCCACAGCAGUCCGACAGGGAGCCUUCCUUGUUUCCGACAUCGGGGGACAUCGUGCUCUGAGGGCGUCUCUGGGGGCUCUGGGUGGCCCAUGCCGAGAAAUCCCGGCUGGCCUGGCUGUGGCUGCAGGGAGCGUGACGUACCAUUGAGGACAUAAACCUUAACACAUAACCAAAAUGCCACGGGGCUGUCUGCGAGCCGUGCCGGGAGUCGCCGUGGUAAGUCGGGAGGUUAUGGGAGUCCGGACGUCGGGUUCCGUGGAGCCAGACGAGAGCCUGGCGUCGUCCACGGGCGCGGCCCGGCUGUUCCGCAGACCUCUGCCCGUGCUUGCUUGCUGUCUAGUGCAUGUCUGUUCUGUCCCGCAGCCUUGUUGAAAAGGCUUGUCUGGCUUCGUGUGUAUUUGCUUGUGUCAGCGUCGCUGUAAGAUGGCUGCUCUGUGUCCCGGCAGGGACAGCGCAGGCAGGCUCCUCCCCACAGUGGGGAGUGGGCAGCAGCCGCAUCCUCUAGCCUGAGCCUUCGGAGAGGGCCCGUGCUGGCCUCACUUCCCUGGGCCAUCAGGUGCCCCUGCCCCAAGUGCACCAGACGUGCCUGGCUUGCCAGACUGGAAAGCACCCCCAGAGCCAGCUGGGAGGCCGGUGGUUAAUGCCUGCUCCAUGGACAGAGCUGCUGGCCUCACCACCUCGGGUGGGACACUGGGUGACCCGGGACGAUGCCACAUGGGUAGCGAAGAUGCCACAUCCUGUGUUCUUAACGCUGCUUAGAGCCUCGCUCUCCUUCCUUCGUCUGGAGUGUUCUCCCAGCUCCCCGAGGCGUGGGGCAAGCGGAGUUUCUGCAGGACAGAGAGGACCAUGGGCCUGGGGACUGGGUAGCCCCAGAGCUUUGGGGGAGAGGGGAGGGUCAGCUGCUGUUGGGAGCUGCAGACGCAACUCAGCAGGCGGGCCGGGGGAGAGGGGAGGGCGUGAGGUGCCCCGGAGCCAGCGAGGGCCUGGCCUAGUUUCCUCCGAGCGGAGCCUUCCCCGGUACUCCCGAGCGGAGCGCCCGCGGGUGCGCUGAGACCCUUCCCGAAGUGGAGCGCGGUCUCCAUUUAGUACCUGGCCAGAACACUCAAGUGUUUCUAUUUUAGAAACUGCCAGGGCAGAGUGGAUUCUAGCGUCUUCUAGGAAAGUCUGGUGGGGCUCAAACCGCGUUGAGUCGGAGUGCUUCAGGGCUCGUGGUGGCGGUCACCUGUCACCUGUCUCGCGCUGAUUGAUUGAUUAUGCACGACGCUGGGCCUCACGUCCGCUGAACAUGACCCCUGGCCUGUGCGUGGGUUUUCCAGCAGUUGCCCGGGAUUGAGCUGAAUAAACAAGUCAAUCUGUGAC